AUGAAGGAUGAACUCGGCUCCAGGAGGAGGCAGCUGAGGAAAGGACUGUGUAGUGUGGAAGACGUUAAAAACCGCUACUACCACGAGGGGAUGGAGGGGCAGGAGGAGGCAAGCUUAAGGAAGCUGAUAAGGCUGAUGGAGGGAUUCAGCGUUAAGGAUGUGGACGAUUUCAUGAAUACCUUCGAUGACUACAAGGCGCCAGGCCCGGAUUAG